UCGUCGUAAACGCCGCGUUUCGGAGAAGUUUCAUUUCGCAAUAGUGGCCAGAAUGUGUACCUCGCUGGAGGAACCGUUUGGCGCGUGGGAAUUGCUCGAAGAACUUUGGCCAGAGAUCACUGCGAAAGAUCCGACAGGCCCUUCGAUGGCACCGCCGGCCGGGGAAACAACCCGAGUGAUGGAGUUUCUUGAACAAGAGUUGCAGGAUGCGUGGGAAAACCCGAAUGUGCGUGAGCGAUUGAAGCUACGGCCGGAUAUGAAGGACACCCGAACGGCAAACGAUACUCGCUCCAAAGGCAACGACUUGUUUCACCCGAAGGUGAAACGGUACAUCGAGGCCAUCAAGUGGUACAACGAAAGCUUAUGCUUCUCCGAAAGCGGUUCCGAAGAAAGGGCCCUAGCGUACGCAAACCGGUCCGCCGCUUGCUACGAGCUGCACCGUUACGGCGAGUGCCUGGAAAACAUUCGCCUUGCCCGUGCGUCCAAUUAUCCGGCCCGGCUGAUGGAAAAACUGCUGAAGCGCGAGCAAGCGGCCAAGCAGGCUCUGCAAUGCAACGAUGUGAACAAUAAUCUCAAAAAUGACAAGGACGACACACGGCGGAACCAGAAACAGCCACACAGCUUGACACUGACGUACGAUGCGAACCGUACCGUUCCACAAGUGGCCAACUGUUUGGAACUAACCCAGAGCGAUCAGUUUGGGCGCUACGUAGUGACCAAUCGUGACCUGAAAGCAGGCGACGUAGUAGCCAUCGAGAAACCGACCCAUACUUUGCUCCUCGAUAAGUUCCGCCACAUGAGAUGCGACUUUUGUCACCACGAGCGUCCGUACACUCUGAUCCCUUGCGAAGGUUGUACCGUGGCCAUGUACUGUUCUAGCGAGUGUCUUGGAGCGGCGCUUCGCAGCUACCAUGGCUACGAGUGUCCCAUCCUACGGGACUUGUGGCGAAUGUUCACCAAAAUACCCGUGAUGGCGAUGCGCACCGUAACCACGGCGAUCGUGUCGUUCGAUCGUAAUCUCGAUGAAAUGCGGCUGCAUUUAGACGCACUAGACCUGGACGGUGCCGAUGUGAAUGCUUUUGCCCUGGACUGGCGCACGGCAUCGCCGCGAGAUAUUUACAACACAGUACACACGCUAGACACGAACGAAAGGCGUCGCGGUAAAAAGGAUCUUGCCCAACGGAUCUUUUUUGCCCUGUUCAUGCGGGAUUUGCUAGUGGAGCGCACCGUGCUUGGACCGGUCUGCGAACAGCAUCCGGAGCAUUCACAGUUGCUGUACAAACUGUUGCUUCGCCACGUGCAAACUACUCCGACGAACAUGCACUCCCUUUACUACAUGAAUUACGAUCCGGACACUGAGGAAUUCAACCCCGCAAACUACGCCUCAGCUUGCUUUCCUCUACUCAGCAUGCUCAACCACUCGUGUGCGCCAAACCUUUCACGGGUCACUCUGCCCGAUGCAAGCUGUGGCGUACUGGUUGUAAGACCGAUCCCGAAAGGAGGACAGUUGUUUGACAACUACGGAAAGCAUCACUGUCUUGACGAUCUCACCAGUCGGCGCGAGGAAUUGGCCAAACAGUACAAGUUCUGCUGCCGAUGCGAGGCAUGCGAAAACAAUUACGGCCGGCUUUCAAAACUUCCCCGCGUCGACGUACUGCAGUUCGGUGCGAUCGAUACGUACGGAAUCCACGCUAAACUGGUGCGCCAUCAGCCGAAGGUGGCUGCCGAAUUGCUGCCGAAAUUGGUCGGCUACCUGAACAACCUCGGGUGCCAGUAUCCACGGUACGAACUGAGCGCGACCCAAGAACUGUUUCUGCGCGCCUUUGAAAUUCUGCACAAGGAAUCGUCCGAUCUCGUGCACGAUCUUCAGUACUGUAAACCGUAAACCGUCAUAGACUGUCGUAAUUUAUCAUAGCGAGUGCUACGAUCCCUGAACGAAUCUGAAGAUCUGAUUUUGUUUUCUUACUUUACUGACAUCUCUCGGAGAACAGAUCUCAUUGGAGAGACUGAAAUGAAAUUAUUUAUACAUCGGCUGACUACUACUGGACUGUGAGUAGGUAGAGUAAAAUAUUAUAACACAUUCGGCACGUUUCGAUUUACUAUUGGAAAAGAGGGGAUACAAGUUUCAUACAACGAUCCGCUCCAAAUCACCCCGUAUGCGGUUGUGUUCCAGCAAAGAAGUGCCUUUUACGAAUAACAAAUCCAACAAUUCAUUCACUAGCCGUCGUUGCUGGUGGAAUACAGAGAAAGAAUUAAAAACUGAAAAUAUACUUCUUUCCAACGAAUCCCUGAAUGCUCUCAGCAUUCGUA